AGGUCUACCCUCCCAGUCAGAAGCCAUUGUACAACCACACAGAGUACUCAGAGCCGCAGAAACAAAUACUAUAACGUGUUUAAUUGUUUUUAAUCCGAGAGAAACCCGAGCAGCACAACUGUUGAUUUAAACAGUAAAACAAAGUCUGUUGUCGAGGAAGUCAAGAAAAACAGGUCGAACGACGACUGUAUUUUUCAUCCGGGAAGUUCAGCUUGGCUGCGGGAUUCAACCGACUUCAGUGUAGACAUCGGAAGAGGAAAAGCCGCCAUCUAAUUCCGCACCCGUAGAUCAUUUCCUCCAGAUAUCUUAGUUUUACAGUCCGCGCUUGGCUUUUCUCUUAGGUCUGUGCCCUAAUUUAGAUGGCAAGCUUCCCAGACUCUGUAAACGAAAAUGAUAUAGGUAAGGCUAAGUUCAUCGGUGAACUCCUGGUGCCUGUUGCUCCCUUUGACCAGAAGUCUGGGCGCGAGGCUUGGACAGUAGCCUUUGCACCCAAUGGUUCCUACUUUGCUUGGUCUCAGGGGCAUCGCAUUGUCAGGCUCAUUCCCUGGACAAAAUGCCUGAAGAACUUUUCAGUGGGCCCUGGUGGAGAGGGCACCAAUGCCUCAAGCCCCCGGCAUUUGUCUCGUCAGAACAGCGACGGAGGCCAGGUAAUCCCAGCGGCUGGUGAGCCCCGUGAACACACCAUUGACUGCGGUGACAUCGUCUGGGGCUUGGCCUUCGGCUCCUCUGUGCCAGAGAAGCAGAGCCGCUGCGUGAACAUCGAGUGGCACCGCUUCAAGUUCGGCCAGGACCAGCUGCUCCUGGCAACAGGCCUCAACAAUGGUCGCAUCAAGAUCUGGGAUGUUUACACUGGAAAACUGUUGCUGAAUCUGAUGGACCAUACUGAUGUAGUGCGAGACUUGACCUUUGCUCCUGAUGGCAGCCUCAUGCUGGUCUCGGCAUCCAGAGAUAAGACCCUCCGUGUAUGGGACCUCAAAGAUGAUGGUAACAUGGUGAAGGUUUUGCGAGGGCAUCAGAACUGGGUGUACUGCAGCGCCUUCUCCCCUGACUCCUCCAUCCUGUGCUCAGUUGGCGCAGGCAAAGCAGUGUUCCUAUGGAACAUGGAUAAGUUGACAUUGAUCCGGAAGCUGGAGGGGCACCACAAUGAUGUGGUGUCUUGUGAGUUUUCACCAGAUGGGGCGCUGCUGGCCACUGCCUCGUAUGACACCCGGGUCAUUGUGUGGGACCACCACAAGGCUAAUAUCCUAUUGGAACUGGGCCAUCUCUUCCCUCCUCCAUCACCUAUUUUUGCUGGAGGGGCAAAUGACCGCUGGGUUCGCUCUGUGAGCUUCUGCCCUGACGGCCGCCACAUUGCCAGCGUUACUGACGACAGGCUGGUUCGUUUCUGGAGCAUAGAAGAAAGGGCUCCUCAGGCCAUUGCCUCUCUCUCUAAUGGCCUCUGCUGUGCCUUCUCUGCUGAAGGAAGUGUCCUUGCUGCUGGAACUCGUGAUGGUAGUGUGCACUUCUGGGAGUGUCCUCGUAGCGUUGCCAGUCUGCAACACAUGUGCAGGAUGACUGUUCGCAGGGUGAUUACCACCCAGCAGGUGGAGGCCCUGGCCAUUCCCACACCGCUCCGUGACUACCUGACCUACAAAGUUAUCUAAUUCCCCCACCAACCCCCAGCCCCAGCUGACUCCACAGCACCUGCUGCAGCAGCAGCAUGCUGAAAAACCAAUGAAUCCCCCCCUUUUUUUUUCUCAUAGAACUUUGGUUGCACAAGUGAUCAGGACAGGAGGAAAAGUGUUAAGUUUUACUGAAACCCCAGAGCCAUGUCCUCGUCUCAAACCCCCACCACAUCCACUUACAGCAGGAUAUUGUUUUGUACAUAUUUAUUUUUCUAAGUGCUUUAGUAAAUAGUGUGCUGGGCCCAGCGCACCAUCCAUACCUGUGAGGUCAAUUAUUUCUGGGGCCUUUUGUCCCCGCUGUCAUAUCAGUGUGGUACCUGUAAGUGUUCAGCUCCUCUUCAAGCUGGUUCUCUCCACUAGGUUCAGUAUAAGGUUGAGUAUAUCCUUCAGCUUUUCCUCCAACUUGAAAUGGCUGUUGCACUUAAUGUGAGAAGCUUUGUGGUGGUGCUUGCUCUUCAUGUCAGCUUUGUCAGUGAGUGAGUUAAAGGGAAGAGACUCAUGGGAGGUUUAAAGGAUGCAGGAUUUUGAAGGCCAAUACUCAGAUCUGUGAACUACUGAUGCUGUGGAUGUAUAUUGUCUUUACAUUACAUUAUUGUCAGGCCAUAGAAGAAAAACAAAAUCAGGCAGGUAUAUUUCUCUGAAACGGAAUUUGCAAGGCCAUGGCACACUCGCUCACUCACCAGAAACGGCUAAGCUACUUCAUUAGCUGGUCAGCUUGCAUGUUAACCAACUCCACUAUAAAUCCACCAAUAGGAACUCAUUACAGAUAUAUUGGUUAUUGUCAGCAGAUAAAUGACAAAACAAUAUUCGAAAUAUGGAAAUCCCAAAGAUUUUUUUUAAAGUGGUUUUACCAUUCUGUAGUUUGUCCAGCUUGAAGUUCAUUUUUCAACUGCAAGUUUUCCCGCCCAGUACAUUCCUUGUUAGAAACACAAAUUUAAGGGAGCCAUGUCAAUGUUUGUUGUAGGUUGAGCAAAAAAAAAAAAGAAUAUUGGGUGAUUAUAUAAUUGUGAGA